CUGCAGCGGGGUCCUGAGCUCGGCAGGAAACCGGAAGAGAAGAUGACUGUUCAUAACUUGUACAUAUUUGAUCGUAAUGGAAGCUGUCUCUAUUAUAACGAGUGGAACCGCAAGAAACAGGCGGGAAUCUCUAAAGACGAGGAGUUUAAGCUCAUGUAUGGGAUGUUGUUCUCCAUCCGUUCGUUCGUCAGUAAGAUGUCUCCUCUGGACAUGAAGGACGGCUUUCUGUCCUUUCAGACCAGCAAGUAUCGUCUCCAUUACUACGAGACUCCCAGUGGACUGAGGUUCAUCCUGAACACGGACCUGUCUGUCCCCAACGCCAGAGACACCCUGCAGCACAUCUACAGCAACCUGUAUGUGGAGUACAUCGUGAAGAACCCGGUGUGUGUGCUGGGUCACAGUCUGGACAGUGAGCUGUUCAGCAGCCGGCUGGACGCCUUCAUCAGAGCGCUGCCGUACUACAGUCCCCGCGCCGCCUAACAGACAGACACACGCACACGCACACACAUUGUAUUUCUCGUG